AUGGAUUUGCCUCUUACUGAUAGAAAGUAUACAUGGUUUAGGAGACGAUCAUGUAGUCAGAUUGAUAGAGUGCUGGUCAAUGUUGAAUGGACUGAGAGGUUUCCGGAUAUUCGGCUAAAAGGGGGCCCAAGGGGGUUGUCGGAUCACUGCCCGCUGAUUUUAAAAGGUACAAGAUUAAGAGGGGGCCCAAGACCUUUCAGAAGUCUGGACUCCUGGUUUACACAUGAGGGAUUUCUGAGAAUGGUAAAAAAUGAAUGGAGAAGCUUGGGAGAGGCCCAGUUCACAUGUAAACUGAGGGCUUUAACAGUACCACUGCGGAAAUGGCACAAGGAUAACUUCAGGGACAUGGAUAAGAAACUCCAGCAGUUUGAGGAGGAGAUCGCCAAGUUGGUUAGUGAUGGGAUAUAUGAUGGUACAACAGAGGCCAGAUGGAAGGCACUCGUGAGAUUUUGUAAAAAAUGGUAUGUGAGGAAGGAACUUCACUGGAAACAGAUGUCUCGGUCCAAGCAUGCUGCCAACAUGGAUAAGAAUACCAGAUACUUCCAUAACAUUGCCUCAGCCAGAAGACGGAAUAACAGGAUAGAUUCCCUGAUGAUACAUGGAAGACUUGUGCGUAAUCAGGUGAGAAUAAAAGGUGAAAUUAGAAAGUUCUACAAGGACUUAUAUCGCCAGGAAUAUGUUCCGAGAAUUGGAUUCAGGGAUGGUUUGGUAAAGAAUAUCCAGCUAGAGGAGGCUGAAGCACUGGAAGUGCUGCCGUCGGAAGAGGAAAUAAGGGAGGCAGUGUGGGACUGCGAAUCUUCCAAGGCCCCAGGGAGUGAUGGGUACAAUAUGAACUUUAUCAAGAAAUGUUAG